UCUCAAAUUCAUCUAAAUUCAUUUUUUUUUCUUUUACUCUUUUUUUUUUUUUAUAUAUAAAAAAAACUAUUGUGUUGUAACUAAGGAUGAGCGAUAUGGAAACAACUACAAAAAAGAGCUGGAAGGAUCAUUUUGCCUUUAUCAAGGAUCCAAAGUUUCUCAAGGUCUUGUUCUUGGGCCAAUUACUAUCGUUGUGUAUCACUGGUACCAAUGUAGUCACCACUAUUCUCAGCACCCAGUACAAUUUUGCUGCUCCUACUACCCAGACCUUCCUCGUGUAUGCUUGUUUAGCCAUCGUCUAUAACUCCAUCGCCAUUUACAAGCGUGGGAUCAAGGGUUGGUUACUUCAGUUUUGGCGCAGAGGCAUCUAUUACUUCAUUCUGGGUUUUAUCGAUGUCGAGGGAAAUUAUUUUGUAGUAAAAUCUUUUCAGUACACUUCCUUAUUAUCCGCUAUGUUAUUGGAUUGUUGGAGUACGCCCGUCUGUAUGAUCUUAUCCUUUUGGUUGUUAAAAGUAAGAUACCGUUGGGUUCAAUAUCUCGGCGUCUUUAUUGCUCUUUGUGGAUUAGGCAUGCUGGUAGCCUCUGAUGUGAUUACCGACAAGAACUAUGGUGCAGUUGAUGCUGUCAAGGGUGAUCUCUUCUGUCUGUUGGGUGCUACACUCUAUGGUUUCUCCAAUGUUGGUGAAGAAUUGAUGGCUCGUAAACAUCCGCUCUAUGAAGUCAUUGGCAUGUUUACUUUCUUCGCUACCUUUAUCAAUUUGGUGCAAAUCUUUAUCUUUGAACGCAGCGAAUGGGCUAAUUUUGCUGAUACCAAGAUCGCUGGUAUGGUGGUGGUCUAUACUGUCUGCAUGUUCGUGCUCUAUUCAUUGGCUCCCGUCAUGUUUCGAUUAGGUAGUGCUGUACUUUAUAACCUGUCUAUCUUGACCAGUGACUUUUAUGGUUUGAUCUUUGGUUUGGGCUUAUUCGGUUACAAGGUGUCCAUCAUGUAUCCAUUUGCCUAUGUUGUCAUCAUUAUUGGUAUCGGCAUCUAUCAUAUUUUCCCUGCUCCUACUCCUGAUAUUGGCACUUUUACUAAAGAAAAGGCUGAACUGGAAAGAAGAGAAUUGUAUGGUCAUUCAUUAGAAGAACAAGGCGAAGACCUUGAGAAGGAUGUCGGAGAGGCAGUUCCUACUGCUUCUCUGAACAAGGAAUAAUCUCUAGAUCAAAAAAAAAAAGGAACGUCAACAGCUAUAUCCCCUUAAUCCCUAAUAAUGUUUAUACUAAUUUUAACUCAGUGUUGCCUUAUCGUCUUUUGCGCACUGUAAAUAAAAAAGACGUUCCUAGCAUUAUAAAAAUAUCCUAUUUUCCUUUUAUUGUUUCUAAAGCAUAGUAACGAUGUAAAGGUAAGUACAACUCAUCAAUUCAGGUAUCACUUGAGCGUAAAAUGUAAGCAUCUCUUACCGUGAAUAUUUGGCUUCAUGCUGUUACUACACC